AUGCUGCAGCUCUGCCCGGUCACGGCCUCGCUGCUGCUGGGCACGGCCAGGGCAGCGUGCGACGAGGAGCUGCUGGCGGGGGAGGGGGUCACCUUCUGCGUCAAUGUCACCCGGCUGCAGCCCUUCCCCGCGCUGCGGACCGUCCGCGGCAUCCGCGUGCCCGUGUUCGAUGACCCGGCCGAGGACCUGGCCCGGUACUUCGAGCCCUGCGGCGCCGCCAUCGAGGAGGCCGUGCGGGCCGGGGGCCGCUGCCUGGUGUACUGCAAGAACGGCCGCAGCCGCUCCGCUGCCAUCUGCACCGCUUAUCUCAUGAGACACCGGCAGCUCCCGCUCAAGGACGCCUUUGAGGCUGUGAAAGCUGCCAGACCCGUAGCAGAGCCGAAUGCAGGAUUUUGGUCCCAGCUGCAGAGAUAUGAAGAAGAAUUGCAGAUACCAAAGCACUCUGCUCCGCCGAGCAAAGGACUUAAAAAUAGCAAUGUGUGAAGAUCCUUUAAAGAAAGUGAAGUGACUUGCUACAGAGUUAAAAAAAAAGGAAAAAAUCACUUCCUAAAUCACCUGUACAUAAAACAUUUUACCCCCAUAACUGAGAUGAUGGUUCAUUAAAUUCCUUCAGAGCAUUUCUGUUGGUAAUGCAUGGAAAGAGGGCAGAUAAGCAGGGAAUAAGAGCAGAAACAGAAAAUGGUUGGAAGGACUGUAAACAAACAGAGAAAGGCCUGGAAUCUUCACCAGUUAUUUCCCCCUGAAUGACACUGAGUAUGGAUACGAUGUAUGAACAAAGGAAGGAGUUACCACACAGGGAUUUUAUUCCUGUUUUUUAAUUAAACUUCCCAGUGAUGCCAGA